AUGGCCAGCAAGCGACUGCAGAUUUCUGAACUCUUGUGGUUUUUUUGCGAAAAUUUAAAUAUCAUCGAAAAUGAAAAGUUUAAAAAUGCAGUUGUAGAAUUCUACAAUUCCGAAGAAAUAUCUACUGCCAAAAAAUUGUUACUUAAUGAAUUGGAUAUCAUAAAAAAAGAUAAAAAAGAAAAAUUAUCACUCAAACAAGGUGGAAAUAAAAAAGUUGACAAGGUAGUCGAGUUAGUUGAAAUAUUUAAACAUAUUAUUUCAAAUGAUUUACAACAAAAUUUGCCGACUUUUGUUAUCUUGAAUCCAAGCAGAGUUCCUCGAGAAGGGUUAGAUAUUUUAGAUAUUAUUCAAAUAAAUAAUGACAAAAUGGUAGAAAAAUUGAAUGAAUUAACGGAAAUGAAUAAAUUACUGCUGUCAAUGCACAACGUGCGUCUAAGUAACGAACAGGUGUCUGUACGCGACCGCAUUAAUAAAUAUAGCUUAGAUAGUACAAACUUGAUUAAUAAAUAUCCAGUUAGUAAUUUGCAUGAACCUGAAUUAGAAAUAGCUAAAAUCAAUUCCGUAAACAAUAACAAUAUAGCUUGGUCAGACGCUGUACAAACACCAAGCGACAUGUUACAAACCUAUGCAAUGGUCGUGAACAGAAACAAGAAUAGAACCAAACUCAGUACAAGUUCUGUUGAAAAAAAUAUAAACGUUGUAAACACAGUUAAAAAUCCAUCAAAUGAGAACAUCAACAAAAUGGAACAAUCAAAAAAACCUGCAAAGAGGAUUAUCGGCACCAAAAUUAUGGAACAUGUAAAAUUACAACCUGAUAAAAUAAUCAUGAAAAAAAAAGUUUUUUGCCUAAGCAAUGUAAAGAAAUGCCACAGAGAUGAUGUUGUGGAGUUCUUGCAGACAAGUGGUAUAAACGUGAUUACAUGUUUCCCAGUUAUAAAGCGAACUGACGAAACCGACCCCAAAGCAAUUAACAACGACGAACAUUCAACCAUGUUCAGAGUUUGCGUUGAAAAGAAAGAUGAAGGUAAAAUGAAAGACCCGGAAGUAAUGCUGCAGCAUAUCAUCGUGAGAGAAUGGAAAUUCAAUGAAAAAAAAAGCUUAGUAAAUAAAUCAACAGAAUUAAAGGAUUAUUUAACAAGUUUUGAUUUCAAAUUUGAUGUCAUAGCCAUUACCGAAACGUGGCUAAACAAAGUGAAUGAAGAUUCGAUUGGGAUUAAUGGGUUCAAUUUUGUUGGCAAAAAUCGUUCCGGUAGACACGGGGGUGGAGUCGGCCUCUUUGUAAAAGAUGAUAUUAUAUUUAAGAUAAGAAAUGAUUUGAUGAUUUCAAAUGAACUAGAGUUAUUUGCAAUUGAAGUGGGAAUCUCGUCUAAAAACAACUCAUUAAUUAUUGUUACGUAUCGACCACCACAUUACAGCAAAAAAGUUUAUAUGAAGCAACUUGAACAAGUUUUGCUAGCCAUAAAUAAUGAGAAAAAACUAGUUUAUUUAACCGGAGACCUGAAUAUAGAUCUUUUGGAAAAUUACGAAUCUUACAGUAGUCAACUCCAAAAUUUACUGACAUCUUAUAAUCUAAAAGCAUUAAUAAAUAAACCAACAAGAAUAAACAUACAAAAAAACUCUCUGUUUGACAAUAUUUUUACCAAUGCAUCGGAGAACGUAACAAUGUGUUACUGUGCUCAGAUGUGGAUGCUGCUUUCGAACUUUUCACCAACAUUUUCCGUGUGGCAUUUAAAGACUGUUGUCAGAUCAGCUCAUUAG